AUGUCGGUCAUCUGCCACAUGCUUCCUAAAUCUCUUCCUCCCCUUUUGCCGCAUUGUCAUCAUUGUUCAAUGAAGGCAAUGUCCACGAUUUCCAGAAGCAACCUACAGGAUGCUGUCGAGUGCGCGUAUCUCAGAUGUGUGGAUGAUCUUGAUGGACCGAUGAACAACAGUGAGGAAUAUUCUCUAUUUCAGAUCUGUCUUCCAUUCAUACACACAUUAUCUAUUACCAAGGGCUGUGUGUAUUGCAAGCUGCUUGCGGGCGUCCAUUUCUCCUCAAUGGUUCUCUACCAUAACUCAAACACAGUAAAAGCUUUUCGGGUUGUGAGAUCAAGAAAAGGAGACACCAUUCAAAGGUCGUCACCCAGCAAGCCUCACAACCCGGUGUACUGA